AUGUGGCGCUGCGUGCCGUCGAAGGACUGCGCCGAGGAGCGGUGCCGCGCGCGGACGCCCGGCGCCGUGGACGCGCUCCUCGCGGAGGGCCUCGCGGAGCGCUGCGGCCGGCCCGUGCGCGAUCGGACGGGCGCCGUCGUCGGCGGCGACGGCAUCGAGUACUACCACUGCGCCGUGCGCCCCGCGGAGGUCGCGGCGUUCUGCGCCGGCGCGACGCGCGAGCUCCUCGGGAGCCGCUACGCCGACGUGUGCUUCUGUCGCUGGCUGCGCGUCGCGCACGCGGCGCCCGGCGCGUUCGCCAUCUUCGAGCCCGAGAUGAGCUUCGACGCCUGCUGGCUCUACUACUACCAGCGGUCGCCGGGGGACAACCUCAGCCAGACGGUGCGCCCGGACCUCGCCUUCGCGGACGCGCACCUCGAGGACGCGCGGCGGUCGUGCCCGGGGCUGCCGCGCGAGAGCCUCGCCCACUUCGGGAGCCAGUGGCUCCAGCAGCUCGACCUCUUCUGCAUGAUCCACGCCCACGGCGCCGGCGACCGCGUGCCCGCGGGCAAGUUCGUCUUCGGCGCGCUGCAGGUCCUGAACCAGCUCGCGUCCAUCGGCUACGGGAGGCCCUCCGGCGGCGCGGUGCUCCUCUGGCUCGGCGCGCGGACGCUGCCGACGCUCCUGCGCCGCGCGGACGCGCUCGGCGUCCGGUCGGACCCGCCCGCGGCGACGCUCCUGCGCGCCGCCGACGCCGCCGCGGCGCCGCCGCUCGAGGUCCAGCUCGCGGCGCUCAAGGCGAGGCGCGGCGACGACCGCGCCGAGGACGGGUCCUGGGACGCCAAGCUCGCGCGCUUCCAGGUCACGAUCCUCGCGCACUGCAUCCAGGCCAUCCAGAAGCCGCCGAAGAGCCUCGGCCAACGGUAA